CGGGGCUCAGGGGGCGGGCCCACAGUGCUGAGCGCGGGCUGGGGCGGGGCGAGUGGGAGGAGUGAAAGUUGAAGCCCAGCAAAACCCUCCACCUCUCCCUGAGCGGCCAGACCUGCGCUGCGACCUCAACACAGGUGGUCGUGCCAGGACCCGCUGAGAUGUUGCCCAAAGUUCUCCUGAUGCUCCUCAACAUAUUCCUGGCCCUCCAGUGGAGGGUUGGACCUCACAUUAAACUGGAGAAUAAACCCCCUGCCCAAGACAAUGUAGUCUUCGGCCCUCAGCCUAGGCCUGUGCCUCAACCUUUGCUUCAGCCUGAAUCCUCUGCCGAUGAUGAUGUAGUCUUCGGCCCUCAGCCACAGCCUCAGCCCAAAUCUCCUGGCCGUGAUGAUGAAGUCUUUAGCUCCCAGCCUCAUCCUCUGCCUCAACCUCAGCCUCUGCCCCAGCCUGAGCCCCAGCCUGAGCCCCAGCCUGAGCCCCAGCCAGAGCCCCAGCCUCAACCCCAACCCCAGCCACAGCCUCUGGCUGGGCGCCAGCCUCUGCCCCGGCCCCUGCCUUGGCCCCUGCCUCCACCUCAGCCUACACCUGAGCCCCAGCCUGAGCCCCAGCCUGAGCCUCAGCCUGAGCCUCAGCCUGAACCUCUGGCUGGGCGCCAGCCUCUGCCCUAUCCCCUGCCUUGGCCCCUACCCGUACCCCUGCCUGAGCCUGUACCAGAGCCAGAGCCGGAGCCUCAGCCAGAACCCCAGCCGGAGCCUCAGCCAGAACCCCAGCCGGAGCCUCAGCCAGAACCCCAGCCGGAGCCUCAGCCAGAACCCCAGCCAGAACCCCAGCCAGAACCCCAGCCGGAGCCUCAGCCAGAACCCCAGCCGGAGCCCCAGCCAGAACCCCAGCCAGAACCCCAGCCUGAUCCAGAGCCCCAGCCUGAUCCUGAGCCCAGGCCCCAGCCUGAACCACAGCCGGAGCCCCAGCCGGAGCCCCAGCCCCAGCCGGAGCCCCAGCCAGAGCCUCAGCCGGAGCCUGAGCCCCAGCCAGAGCCUGAGCCCCAGCCAGAGCCUGAGCCGGAGCCCGAGCCCCAGCCAGAGCCUCAGCCAGAGCCUCAGCCGGAGCCCGAGCCCCAGCCAGAGCCUCAGCCAGAGCCCCAGCCGGAGCCGGAGCCCGAGCCUCAGCCAGAGCCUGAGCCUGAGCAGGAGUCUGAAUCUGAGCCUGAUCCUGACCCCGAGCCUGAGCCGGAACCCCAGCCUGAGCCUGAGCCUGAGCCGGAACCCCAGCCCGAGCCUGAGCCUGAGCCUGAGCAGGAGUCUGAGUCUGAGUAUGAGCCUGAUCCUGACCACGAGCCUGAGCCGGAACCCCAGCCUGAGCCUGAUCCUGAUCCUGAGCCCGAGCCUGAGCAGAAGUCUGAGUCUGAGCCUGAUCCUGACCACGAGCCUGAGCCGGAACCCCAGCCUGAGCCUGAGCCAGAACCCCAGCCGGAACCUGAGCCUGAGCCUGAGCCUGAGCUGGAGACCCAGCCUGAUCCAGAACCCCAGCCAGAGCCGGAACCCCAGGCCCAGCAGGAACCUCAGCCUAGUGGAAAGAAGCUUCUAGCGAAAAAACCAGAACUCACUGUUGAUUGCAUGACUGAGCUCUCUGGAGAGAACCUGACAAGAGCUUCUCAGAUCCUUAGCACCAUCCUGCGUGACUACGAUCAUAAACUGCGCCCUGGCAUUGGAGAGAAGCCCACUGAGGUCACUGUUGAAGUCUUGGUCAACAGCCUCGGGCCUAUUUCCACCCUGGACAUGGAAUAUUCCAUUGACAUCAUCUUCUACCAGACCUGGUAUGAUGAGCGUCUUCGUUACAAUGGCACCUUUGAGACGCUUGUUCUACAUGGCAACAUGGUGAGCCAGUUGUGGAUCCCGGAUACGUUUUUUAGGAAUUCUAAGAGGACUCAUGAAUAUGAUAUCACCAUACCCAACCAGAUGGCUCUCAUCCACAAGGAUGGAAAGGUGUUGCAUUCAGUUAGGAUGACCAUUGAUGCGAGAUGCUCACUCCACAUGCUCAAAUUUCCAAUGGAUUCUCACUCUUGCCCUCUGUCUUUCUCUAGCUUUUCCUAUGGCGAGAAUGAAAUAAUCUACAAAUGGGAGAAUUUCAAGCUUGAAAUCAAUGAGAAGAACACUUGGAAGCUGUUCGAGUUUGAUUUUACAGGAGUGAACAACAAAACGGAAAUCAUCUCAACCCCACUUGGUGACUUUAUGGUCAUGACCUUCUUCUUCAAUGUGAGCAGGCGGUUUGGCUUCCUUGUCUUUCAAAACUAUGUCCCUUCUUCUGUGACCACAAUGCUCUCCUGGGUCUCCUUCUGGAUCAAGAUAGAGGCAGCUGCAGCCAGGGCCUCUGUAGGAGUCAGUUCUGUAAUCACCAUGGCCACGCUGGGCACCCUUUCCCGUAAGAAUUUCCCUCGUGUCUCCCAUCUCACAGCUUUGGACUUCUAUAUAGCCAUUUGUUUCGUCUUGUGCUUCUGUGCUCUACUAGAGUUUGCUGUGCUCAACUUCCUGACCUACAACGAGACGAAACGACAGGCUUCUCCAAAGCUCUACCAGCUUCCAACCAGUAGCCAUGCUAAUACGCGUACUCGUGCUCGUGCCCGUACCCGCGCUCGUGCCCGUGCCCGUGCCCGCCAGCAGCAGGAAGUGUUUGUGUGUGAGAUCGUCACCUAUAACGGGAAUGCUGAAGAGGACUAUGAGUAUUGCCCAGCCCAGUGGUCUUCAAGCUCAAGAAGACCCCAGUGUCCCCGGAGGCGAUGUGGCAGAAGCUAUGUGUGUUUCAAGGUUCUCAGGAAAUAUUUCUGCAUGGCUCCUGGUUGUGAGGGCAGCACCUGGCAGCGGGGCCGCCUCUGCAUCCACGUUUACCGACUGGACAACUACUCGCGGGUGCUUUUUCCCAUUACAUUCUUCUUCUUCAAUGUGCUCUACUGGCUCAUUUGCCUUAACCUGUAAGCUCAGCUGGUAGCUCAGGGGGCAGCCUCCUCAGUUCCCCAAGAGUGCCAAGCCCCUUUGCCAAGGGAGUUGGGUUACAACAGCAAAAGCAGCAGGAGUGCCUAGAGAGAGCUUUUCAGUCCCUGGUUCCAAGAACAAGCCUGUGCAGAGUGUGUCUCUGAUGACUUCCUUCCCAUUAGCCUAAUCUUCUCAACACCCCUUCUUAACAGCCCACCUCUCUAUUCUUGAAAGAGCAUUCGUGAUGCUCAUUUGAGCAGAUAAGAUUUCUCUCCUUGGUGUUUAUACUUACUCUCCCCCCCCCCCAGAAGCCCAUGUUUCCCUUUGUGGUGCUAAGGGGCCCAGCUCAGGCUCAGCCCCAGAAUGCACAGUGACAGGAUGGUCUUAAAGCGAAACCAUUAGAUUCUUGGUUUUUUUCUCCUGACUUCCCUUUCGCUGAACACACACACGCACGCACGCACGCACACGCACACAAGCAUGCACACACACAUCUCUGUAGGAGGUGAGGAGCCAGCAAGUGGCUCAGUUCGGGAAGGUAACCCUUUGCUGCUGUGCCAAGCUCCCUCCCCCCCCCCACCCGCUUCCAUCUGCACCACCAGUUCGGUUCCUUACAUUCAAUGGGUAUCUAUUCUUGUGUGCAAUGUUUGUGAUUUCCCCUGCUUUGUAUGCCUCCCUCUUCCUCCUCCUGGACCCUUGUGAUUUGUUUUGUAAAUUCCCUAGUGACUUUCCCAGCCCUGAUCCAGGUGCUAGGCUUUGGUGACUCCCUGGGGCCAAGAAAAUGAGAACACUGUUUUGCAGCGGCCAUUAGCUGCCACUGACUGGUGCUCGCCUCAGGCCCCUGGACACACAAGCCAGGCCACUGCCAUCCCUGGGGCACUCACACAAUCACAAUCAAUUGAACUCCCUUAAAUUUAUAUUGAAUUUUCCAUUUGGCAAAACACUUUUGAUAAAUAAUUUCUUUGGGCACAGUUUGUUCUCCAUUAUGCAGAUGGAAACAUUGAGGUACAGAUAUCUAUGGAAAAGUAGGUCUUGCUGGACGCUAAUCUGGAGCCCCCUUGUCACCUGCUAAAGCACAUGUCAGUGCUAGGCAGCUCUGAUCACCACGACUUCAUUCUGUUUCCCCUGAUGACACCCCAGUGGCAGGACAUAUAGUAGUGAUGGCCUCCCCAAACAUGGGCCUGUCCCUAACUAGGGCCUGAGGUGCUCAGACUGCUCCGCAGGUUGAACUCCUGUCUCUAGUAACCCACCAAGACAAAUUUGUACAUGCCCCAAUGCUUGUAUAUGCUGAACAGAAUCUGUGUCUGUACUUUAUGGGGGUGGGUGGGAUUGGGAAAUCCAU